UCUCUAUUCCAGCCUUUGCCCUCCAAUGAAGCUCUUUCUCUUAAUUCCAGCCAUCGUGGCUGCUGUCACCCUGGAAGGGACAACUAUGCAGCCUCUCCAAGAUACAGAAGUUGUUGCUGGAGAUGAGAUUUCAAUUCGAUGUGACUUGAAAAAUGUUCAACUCAUAUGGUACUGGAUUCCCCGUUACCCCAUUUGUGCAGACCUAAAAAUGGUCCCGAUACAAAUCUUCAGUGUGAUUUCUAACAGGAAGCACUUUAAUGAAAUGCUGAAGAGAUUUCAAAGGAUGAAGAUAGAAGAAUAUAAUGGAAAUUUCUUCCCCAAUGUCACGUUCCAACACAUGAAUGACUCUGGCACUUUCUAUUGUUUUGAUGGAAGAAAAAACUCAUCCUUUAUCUCCAUCGUGGUGAAAUCUGAUAAUCGACGUGGAAUGGAGGUUACCAAGAAUUCUCAUGGAAGUGAACAGGAAAUAAAGUUGACCUGCAAUUCUUGUGUCCGAGGUCGCAAAAGCUCUAGCAUCACCUGGACUCUAAAUGGGAAAAAAGUUCAUGAUGACAUUCAUGUAAAAAAACUAAAAAAUGUAUACUUCGUGAAAGACAAUCCCAAAAAUUAUGGUCUCUGGAAAUGCAGCAAUGCCAGAUGUCCUACACAAUCUGACGGCUAUUGCUUGGAAAAGAACUCCAGAGUUUCAGAGAGUUCAGAGACUGAGGAAAUGCCCUGGUCUACCCCAGCACCAUUGGAUACAGACAAGAAGUUGAUGAUCCAACUCAUUGUCGGUUGCGUGAUAGGAAUUAUCGCUCUCCUAGGGAUGGUGGUGACUAUAUUUGUUCUCUGGCAAAAGCUUCUAUCACGGAGAACCAGCCCUAGUAAAAGUGCAAAGGAGCCAAAAUCACAAGUGAUUCAGAAUUCAUUUGAUCUGGAAAAACCCCUAGAAAACCAAGGGAAGGAGAAAGACGUAGAGAUGAAUGAGGGAGCAGAAGGAAUCCAAUACUCAGUGCUACAACUCAAGGAGCCAGAGCAAUGCCAGAGUCAGAGAAAGGAGGGGACCCCUGCUAUCAUCUAUGCAGAAAUGCCCACAAGCAAUUGUUCGAAGAGCUGAUAUGUCCCAAGGGCUGAUAUACGAUCCUUCAGUGCAACGUUUUUCAACCAUGGAAGCCUGAAGAUGGUUGGACCUCAAUUCCCAGAAUCCAUACAAUCCUUUAGAGCAGGGAUGUUACUAGCAAUAGCACAUAGACUUAUAUACCGCUUCACGGUGCUUUUACAGCCCUUUCUAAGCCUGGUGACCCCAAAUUUAAAGGAACGUCAUCUUCAGGAUCUCUCUGCUAAACCUUUUCAGUGAUGGUCUCCACCUCUGGGACAACUUACCUUCAAAAUUUGUCCACCCCUCUCUAUAGCAAUAGCACUUAGACUUAUAUACCGCUCCAUAGCACUUUAACAGCCCUCUCUAAGCAGUUUACA